CAGAAUGCUCCACGCAUUCAGCCCGAGUGCCACCUGGCUCUUCCCCCACCCUCGCCUCGUUUUCCACCCUCCUCCCCUGUCCCCCGGUGUAGCAUUCGCAACGAUCAGAUCACACGCCCGGCCGCCUCUUCCGCGCUCCCCGCCUCAGAUCCAGGCGUCCAUGCCCCGUCGACGUGCGUAAGCUUCUCUGGGGGCUUCGAACAGCAGCACCGCCUUCCCAACCGCGCAUGCCCCCCACCACGUUUUCCUCAAUUCUUUACGGGUGUUCCUGGGAUUAGCAGGGUUCUGCACCAAUCACCGUCCUCGCUAGGGCGCCGGCAACCUACGUCUCCAUGGCAACCUUCUGCCUCGAAAGGGGCACCUCCUUCAUCGCCCGCCCGGACGGCAGAUUCGGAGAGGCUUGGCCGCGUGCUUUCUGGGAAGUGUAGUUGGCUGAGACCUCCGUGCGCGUACGCGCAGCCAGACGACGUCCCAUUGUGUACGUGGCGGGCCCGGGCGUUUCCAUGGUAACCGGAUGGGCUGACUAGUAGGUCUCCAGCUCAACCCAGGGGAGCCGCUGGCCGUCUGAGAGGCGAUGGGGGACGUGGGAUAAGGGCUUGGGGAGCGGGCCGGAGCAGAGAAGCCGAGCAGACAGUAAGGAAAGACAGACGCGAAGACUUCCGGGCAGGGAGAGACCCAAAGCCUAUGAGGGUCCACUCGGGGGCAGAGAGAUUCAAGGAGAGACCGUGAAAGUAACUGAACAGAUACAGAGACCGAGACACCGGUAGGAAAGAAAGUCAACGGGGAGGUAUUUCUCCUUUCAGAGACCUAGAGAAUGUGAUAAGAAGCCAGAGGAUCAGAGAGUCAGGGCUAGGUAGACAGGAGUGUCCGUAAAGUUAGCAAGAGGGAGGGAGAUCAAGAAGGGGUGGAUAUGAAAGGUGAGACAAAGUGGGAGAGUGAGAAUAGAUUCACAAAGACAAGAAGUGCAGAUAUUGAGAUUCAAGAGACAGAUAAGGAAUACAGACAUACAGAGGCAAGAGGAGAGGAGGGGACAGAAAUUAGAGAUGGAUUGAGAGUUUUCAAAGACCUAGAGAAGGGUGACAGACGGCAAGUAGAGACAGUUGGAGGGAGACUUGUUAGGGAAACUUAUCCAAAAAUUGACAAUAGGACAAAAAAGGAUGACUGGGGACCCUCUCUGCGUUUCCUAGCAUUGUCUACCAAGCCCACUUCAGCUUAUCUGAUUCCCUAUAAGAAGUAACUCUUCAGAGGCCAGAUUGCAAAUGCUUGGCGUUAAGAGUUGUAUCAACCUUACGACACUGAGACACCCAGGCCUGCUCGCUUGUAGGGCACCAAUUCGACUUUGGGCUUUUAUUUCAGUGUUCCUUAUUUCUUUCUUUUCUAUUAAAGAAUUUUCUUUUUUAAUGUUUAUUUUUGAGAGACAGAGUGAGACAGCGCCAGCUGGGGAGGGGCAGAGACAGGAGACACAGAAUCCAAAGCAGGCUCCAGGCUCUGAGCAAGCGUUCAGCACAGAGCCAGACGCCGGCCUUGAACUCACAAAGUGAGAUCAUGACCUGAGCUGAAGUCAGACACUUAACCGACUGAGCCACCCAGUCACCCCUCAGUGUCCUUUAUUUCUUUCACCCUUUCUGUUCUUUCUCAUCUUCCCGGAACCACCUAUGUCAUCCUGCUAGUUCCCUCCAUGAGGUAAACAACCGUUUACCAUGUACUCCUUGAGUUUAUUUUUAACUUAAAAAAAAAAAAAAGGAUUUGACAGUCUGAGCGGAAUUAAUUCUCCAGGAUGGGGAACAAACUGGGAGAAAGAGGUGACAAAGCUAGGAAUGGAAGGAGGUAAGGAGGAUAAUGGAAAGAAAGCAGGCGGCGGGAAAAAUUCGAGAGAAAUUAAACAGAAAGCAAGUCAGCUUUGGGUAGAGACAGCCAACGGCGCCCCCGCCUGGGCUCUGCGCGCAGCAUCCUCGUCGUCGAACUACAUUUCCCGGCUGGCCUGCGAGCGCGGGGCGCAGGGCCUAGAGCGCCGUCGGGGACUGGCCCCGCGCGGACUAGUCCAAUCUCGAUAGUCGCAGGCAAUCUUCCGCCUCCGCCGACAACUUGGAGGCUGAGCUCGGCCGCCCCUGGGAAGAGGCGCUGUAAGGCAGGAGAUGGGGAAGAGCCGCAGCCCCAGCCGCCCAGCUGAAGCAGCCGGCCCGCGUCGCGGUCCGGAGGCAGAAGCAGGUGUGGCAGGAGAGGCCAAGAGGCUGCCCUUGUGGGCACACUGGUAGCUACUGUGGAAACUGGCAGUGCGGAGAGGCUUCAUCAAGGUGUGUGGCUCAGGGAGGCGGCAUGAAGACAACUUCCCGCCUGCAGGUGUCGGGGAAGGCACCCCUUGGUGGGAUUGGCCUCCGCCGCAGUGCCAAGCGGGACCGAAAGUCCAUCACCCUGCAUAUGAAGUUAGAGGUGCUUCGGAGGUUUGAGGAAGGUGAGAAGUUGACUCAGAUUGCCCGGGCCUUGGGGCUGGCCACCUCUACUGUCGCCUCAAUCCGUGUCAACAAGGACAAGAUCCGGGCCAAUUCCCAGGCAGCCACACCUGUCAGUGCCACGCAGCUGACCCGCUGCCGGGGUGUGGUGAUGGGCCAUAUGGAACGCUUGCUGAGCCUAUGGAUUGAGGAGCAAAAGCGGCAGAACCUGCCCAUCAGCACACUGCUCAUCCAGGACAAGGCACGACGGCUCUUUGUGCAGCUGCAGCAUGAGCAGGGCAGUGGCACUCAGGCUGAGACCUUCGGGGCCAGUAACGGCUGGUUUGCCCGAUUCAAGGCUCGCAACAAUGUGCUUUUGACAGAUGAGCCAGCUGUGGCUGACACCCAGGCUGCUGCCCACUAUCCCCCAGUGCUGCGCACCAUUCUGGAGGAGGGCUGUUACUCACCACACCAAGUUUUCAACGUGGAUGAGACAGGCCUGUUCUGGAAGCGGCUGCCAGAGCGCAUGUUGCUGGCACUGGAGGGGGCAGCCGGGCCUGGCCUCAAGGCCUCUAAGGACCACUUGACCCUGCUGCUUGGUGGCAACGCAGCUGGUGACUUUAAACUGAAGCCUCUGCUAGUGUACCCCUCGGAGAAUCCACGUGCCCUCAAGGGCUGCUCCAAGGCCAGCCUUCCUGUGGUCUGGCGCUCCAACCGCAAUGACUGGCUGACACCCAGCAUCUUCCAGGAGUGGUUUACUGGCUGCUUCUGUCCUGCUGUAGAGAGCUACUGUGCCAGCCAUGGCCUCCCACACCGUGCCCUAUUGCUCCUGGAUGGUGCACCCUGCCACCCUGCUCACCUGGGUGGCCUCUCAGCCCACGUGAGGGUUGAGUUCCUGCCUAAGAACACAUCGGCCCUGAUCCAGCCCAUGAACCAGGGUGUCAUUGCCACAUUCAAGGCCUAUUACCUGCGCCGCACGCUCAGCCAGCUGGUCCAGGAGACGACUGGUGAAGACCGACCCUCUGUGCAGGAGUUCUGGCGCAGCUAUACUGUCGUGACUGCUGUGGACAAUAUAGCUGAAGCCUGGGCAGAGCUGCAGCCUGCCACCAUGAACAGCGCCUGGAGGAAGCUCUGGCCUGAGUGUGUCCCUGCUGGCACCCCUGAGCCUGACACUGUGCCUCAGCUCCGCCGCAGCAUUGUGGCACUAGCUCGGCAUGUGGGCCUUGGAGAUGCAGCUGAGGCUGAUGUUGCCAGCCUGCUGCAGGCCCAUGGGGAGCCCCCACCCCACAGCAUCCCCCAGGAUGCAAAGGAUGGGGACAUGAGUGGUUCUGGGCUGCCCUGGGAGACAGGGAAUGGCCUGGUCUCUAGAAAACAAGAGCCAGAUUUCACAGAGGCUGUGGUGGGUGCAGGCACUGAGGAAGCUGGUGUGGGUGCUCUGAGCCCUGAGCAUCUCGCCCAGGCUCUGUCUCACUUUGCUGCUGGUUUACAGGUCCUCAUAGAGAAUGAUCCAAACCGGGAGCGCAGCCUGCGGGUCUCCCGGGGUGUCCACUGUGCCCUUGCUCGCCUCCGGGAGCUACACCGGGAAAGGAGGCGACAGUCUCGGGCAGCUGCAUCCUCAGGAGGCCCUGUGGUGGUGGCAGCAAGGGAGUUGGCAGGAAGCCUGCCAUUGCCCCAAGUGGGUCCCAUAGAGGGUGGGCAAGUGGCUAAGGGCACAGGUCCUGAAGGUCAGACCUCUGGCUGUCCUAUAUGAUUUGGGGCUUGGACUUGACCUCACAUGAGUUCUGUCUAAUGGUGUUUUGUUUCUGGAGGCCAGAUACUGCUCCUUCUUCCCCAUGGUUCUCAUAUCUCAUGCUCUGUGGUCUUUGUAUAGUGACCCAUGACUCUAGGCUUGGGGAACAGAACGGUGGUGUCUUCUGAUUGGCAGAUGAGAUGCAAGGCCCAGGAGUGCUCACCCAUGACAGAGAUACACCCUGUAGUAUGGUAGUUGCCCUGCACAGUCUGCCAGGGUGGUUUUCCUUGUGGUGAGGGGCCAGAACUGAGACCAGCCUCUUCCAUUUUCCAAACCUGACCUCUCCCUGCACCAUUGUUACCCUUCCUAGCCAACUUUAGAUGAGGGUUUCCUGCUCUCGGCAUGUCCUUUCUCACUUUCCAUGCCACCCUUACCUCUUCUGGCUUCCACAGCCUCUGUCGUCUCAGUGCCAGAGCACUUUGGCUCACUGUGACUGUUGAUACCAGGGAUCACUUGCUUGGUUUGGAAAUGUUUUCUUCUCUGAAUUUCUGUGGCAUGGUGUCUUGGUUUCCCUCCAGCCUCUGAGCUUUUUGUGAUUCUGACAGUCUCCUGGUUCUGGUGCUCUUUGGAAAAUACCAUCCACUCCUAAGAGCUCAGUGGUCACCUCAGAGUUAGCUCCCAGUGCAUUGGUUAUAGCCUAGCCUCUCAGAUGUUAGACCCAAAGCUCUAAUUCUGAUGGACACUGCCCCACGUCCUGACAGUCUUGUUGUCUCCCUUCAUUCCAGUUUGUUUUCCUGUCCCCCCAAACUGUAAUCACAGGCAUCAUGGGGUGUCCAUCUGAUUGCCGAAACACCACUUGGGCCAGCAAACCACAGUCAGUCAGCAAGGGAAGGUGUUCUUGUGCGCUAGCUGGAUGAGCCACAGGUGGUGGGACAGGGAUGUCUGGGCUCCUGGACUCCUUUCAACACAGGUAUCUGCAUAUGUCUGCAUACAUGCGCAUGCACACGCGCGCACACACGCACACGCACACACACACACACACACACGUGCCAAAAAAUAAAGAUGGGAGAAAGGAUUCUUGCUA